CCGAUCAGGUGAGAUAUUUGCAUUAUGAAGCUUCUUCUCUUACUUCUCGUCUUCCUCCCGUUGAGCAUUGCUGUUGCUGCUGAUGAUGAUGAUGGCGAAGCUUUUUCUGAUGCUGAGACUGAUGAAUAUUUUAAACGCAUCUUCGAUAGAAAAGACUAUGAACGCUUCUGCAAAGAAGGGUGCCCAUACGUACUAAAAACGGAGGGUCCAAAAGCUAAGUUCAACGUGAAGAAAAUGGCGGACAAGUGCAAGAAGGAUUCCAAAGUACCGAAAGUAGUCUGUGAUUUGGUGAACAUGGAUGACACACUUUUGAAGUUUUCGGUCAAGUUCUACACAUGGAAACAAAUCAACAAUGGCUAUGAAUUUGUGAGAACUCCUGUAGAACUGGCCGAAUCUGGCAAAAUCAUCACUGCUUGGAUUUGCAAAGCUGAUUUGAACAACGAGCUCUAUCUCAGUGAUGCAAAUCUGGAGCAAAAGGCCAGAAAUUCGACGAGCUAA